AUGGCACCAAAUCACCGACGCCGUCUUGCCGCCAGCCGUCGCCGUGUCGAAGAUGAGGGCGAGGAAGAUGGUUCGGUUGCCGGGGACUUUGAAGACGAUUCGCUUAGCGAAGCGAGCAGCCAUCAAGAUGAUGAUGCUGAUGGUGAGGGCAGUGAUUUCAGUGACACGGAGCUGCCUACCUCCCCUGUGGCCGACAAGGAUGGUCACGUUGAAGCUACUGUCAGAGAGGCAAAAACUUCAACACCCAUCAAAACCCCAUUCGACGCCAGCAUGUCCGACACGCAAGCAAUGUUAAAUGGAAUGAAACUGGAGAAUAGUGGUGCAGAGGUUGCGGAGAUACACUUUGAUGAGGUGACUUCUGGAAGGGACGCCUCGCCCGGCAUAAAUAAUGGCAAGUCCACCCUCUCACCAAGAAGAAGAAGAGAUCAAGAGGAGUCUGGCAAGGAGCAAGAGGGAAACCCGGCUUUCGUUCCCACUCGAGGCGGCUUCUUUCUCCAUGACAAGAGAGGCAAUGGUUUUGCAAAUGGCCAUCGAGGCUCCAACAAUAAAAUGAAAAGCAAACCGCAUGGCUUAAUCGUAGAUAGCAACGUAAGACGCUCUCAACCAAAACCGGAUGUUACAGAUGGUCCGUGGACCCAUGAUUUACACGACUCCGUCAAUCAAGCACCGCCUCCAGCUCCAAGUCGGCCAUCGUCCACUAUCCCUUCGAACAUUGCGCCGAACUCAAGGGCUGUUCCUACUGCUCCACGAUCAACGCCGCCCAACCGUUCGUUCUCGAGCACCGUACUCAUUGGCAACGUGCCGGUUGUUGUUUUCCUACCUGGCAUGGCCAACCCAAUCCCCUACUCAGCCGUGCCGAAGAAGCAAUACACUCGUUUGCCCCAGCACCGACCGCCGUUGCGUCGAGAUAAACCAGUGAGGAUUGCGUUGCCAGGUUCGCCCCCGCGCUAUAUUUUCCCGUCGACUGAACGCUCGUUCAUUUUCAUUCCACGUGCUCUACGGCCAAAUCAGCAGGCUUAUCGUGGCCGCGGACGCGGUGGCUUCUAUAACAGUAGAAGAAAUAGCCUGUAUGGUGGUACGGCAUAUACUCCAAGUAUUGCUUUGAGUCGAAGGUCGUCUAUUGGAAGAGUAGCUUCCCGAAACGAUGUCAUCUCACCAGGAGGCUCUGUGGUGUCCCGAGCCCCCAUGACAACCACUGAAGUAGGGAAGCCAGUCGUUCGCCUCCCGCCUGCGGCGCGUGCUUCUGUACCUAGCGGCCCGAUGGCACCUCCACCAGUUCCUGGCUAUGGCCCUGCAUCUGGAGCGCCACAGCUUGGUCACCCACCACCAUAUACCGCGCAGCCCUAUCGAGAAAACCGUCCAACUCCUACCAUUCCGAUGCAUCAACCUAGACCACAAAAAACGGUAUCUGUUGCCGACAUCGAAUGCUACAACACCCCAUUCCACCACCAAGUGCCUAUGACGCUUAACGAAACACCAUACGGUCCCGAGGUCGCCGGAGUCCCCUCACACGCUCGUCAAAUCUCGCAUCCUUCACAGGUUUCAGCAACCCCGCUAUCUCAGAUCCCAGAGCGCGCGAUCCAUGCACCUCCCUUUCAUCCGUUCCCAUACCAGCAACCCCAGAAUUAUUAUCCUCCGGCUUCCUAUCCACCGGGGCCGUUGAUGUACCCGCUCGCCGGAGCGGAGUAUCCCCCCUACAAUGGCCCUCCUCCUCCUCCUCCUCCCGGUGCUCCCACUGUUUUUGUUCCUACAGGGCAACAAGCACCCUACUCCAUGGCCCCACAACCUGCUUCUGAUCAAUCUAGUCAGCCAGCAACCGUUGCGCAUGAAUCUAACGGUACAGUCUACUAUUACGAUGCUUCUCAAUUUCCUAACUACUCGGGCGGCACCUACCCCGUGGCUCCGCAAGGUGGAGUGGUCGGGAUGGGCGGAAUGUUGACCCCUCCUGGAACGUACUUCUAUUCUCAGCCCUCGAAUGGUGCAGUGUAUUAUACUUGA